UUUCCCAUGCUUAACCGACCCUCCGAACCUAGUUAAUUUCUGCGUAGACCUUGGUGAUCUAUCCCACCUCAUUUGGAUAAAUGGCGACUCCAUCUAUUUUGGCACGUGCUUAUGAUCCAGCCAUCGAAGAAGAAGAAGAAGGUGCUUGUGAUCCAAUCAAAGAAGAAGAAGAAGAAGGUGCUUAUGAUCCAAUCAUCGAGGAAAACCACAAGGAAGAAGAAGCAGCAGAAGAAGGUGAUGUUUGUAUUUCUAAUGGUUAUCAUAGAGAUGACCAGGAUAAUGGUAGUGAUGAUCAUGGAGAUGGAUAUGAUGAGAAUCUAGAGAGAAGGGUAGAAGCCUUCAUUACUAAGGUCAUUGAGGAAUGGAGGAAAGAGAAGUCGAUGGAGAAUGAUCAUGGAGAUGGAUAUGAUGAGAAUCUAGAGAGAAAGGUAGAAGCCUUCAUUACUAAGGUCACUGAGGAAUGGAGGAAAGAGAAGUUGAUGGAGAAUGAAGAAAGGGCCGGUAUAAGCUUUUACCAUCUCUGAUAAAUUGUCCUAAAUACACCCAACCCCAACUU